AUGACAGUUUGGGUGACAACUCAUGAGUACCAUGACAGUAAAACUAAACCGUCUGAACGCUACAUGUUACGCUGUUUUACUAUAAGGAAUCUAACAUUACAUCAACCUCUGAUCAUUAAAAGCUUGGGUCUCAAGUUUAUUACUUCUCCAUUUCAACCUACAGAUAUCACAUGGUGGGUUAACAUUGCAGUUUCUUGCAGUAUCUGCAAGCUGAGUAUUGCUUAUUCUUUUCGUCGAUAUCUUACUUUUCGUCGGAAAUAUCUUACCAUAUUGCCUCGGAACUUAUUGACCCUGAAACUCCAUGAUGAUAUUCUCUUGGAUGUUCCUCUUACGGUUUGUCUUCCGUGUCUGAAAUUUUUGCAUCUUCGAUAUGUAGCAUACGUAGUGGAAAAUUCUCUUCAAAUAAUUCUAUCCAAUUGCCCUGUUCUUGAAGAUCUGAUUGUCGACCAUGAGUAUAGCAAUGUGCGAGAGAUUGUUGUUCCAAGUAGCUUGUAUACUCACAAAUCGCUUGUGACCUUGAAACUCGAAGGAAAGAUUCUUGUUGAUGUUCCUUGUAUGGCUUGUCUCCCCUCCCUUAAAACUUUACACCUUCAAUGUAUGAGAUACUCAUAUGAAGGAUCUAAUCAACAGAUGAUUCUAUCCAACUUCCCUGUUCUUGAAGAACUUUUAGUGAAACAAUAUAGAAGUGAUAAUGUAAUAGCGAUCCAUGUUAACAUCCCUUUUUUGAAGAUUUUAUCCGGAGACAUAGCCGAGAUCCGUGUUACUGAUGGGUUUGUGAUAGAUUGUUCUUUGAGGUACUUCAAAAAUAUGCCUAAGCUUGAGGAGGCAGAUUUGGAUGUUCUAUUCCCCAAUGUCAACAACUUUUUAGAGGCUUUUACAUCACGCGUGAAGGCUGUUAUGUAUUCUAAUGGAAUUCUCUUCGACCAGAUUGAACACUUGAAGCUAUGUACAUGUGAAAUAAAUUGGUCAACGUUUAUGGUUCAGGUUCUCAAAGAAUCUCAUAAACUAAGAGUUCUCAAGCUCUAG